AUGGGAGAGAUUACACCUUUGAGUCGUCUUGGGGCCCCUGAAGCUUUUAGAGCGCAAUGUGGGAUCCUAACUCCUACUACUCAAGACAAUAAUUUCGAGAUCAAGCCUAAUUUUAUUGCUUUGAUUGAGAGGAAACAAUUCUCGGGUGGAAAGUUUGAGAGUCCUCAUGAGCACUUAAAAGAGUGUGAGAAAUAUUGUGACACGGUAAAGGUCAAUGGAGUGACUCAAGAAUAUAUCCGCCUCAAAAUAUUUCCAUUUUCACUAAUUGGGAGAGGUCUAGAAUGGAUAGAGAAGGAGGUGCCCCCUAAUUCUCUCACAACAUGGGACCAAGUGACUACGGCUUUCUUGAGGAGGUUCUAUAACCAUAGGAAGACCGCCGAGGCUCGGUCUUCGAUUCAAGGUUUUUGCCAAAAGAGUGGUCAGUCUCUAAGUGCGGCAUUGGAACGAUACAAAGAGCUUCAACGUCAAUGCCCACACCAUGGGAUACCCAAGUAUCAACUCAUUCACACUUUCUAUGGAGGUCUCACACCUCAAGGAAGAACAAGCCUAAACGCCACGGCCGGCGGUCCAAUCAUGAACAAAGGAGAGCAUGAAGUGGAGUGUAUUAUAGAGGAGGCCGCAAAACACUAUGAUGAUUGGUACGAAGGAGAAAGGGAUGCUACUUCUAGUAAGGGUGUUUAUGCAUUGGAGCAAGCCAACGCAAUCAUCAACCUUUCUACCCAAAUCUCCAAAAUGACCAAGCAAAUGGAUGAAUUGAUGAAAGAAAGGUCCAACCCUCAUGGUAAUACCUCCCCUUCAACAAAGGGAGGCAAUGGUAUGGAUACUUCCUCCUCUUCUUAUAAUACAAUGCCCCAAGGAUGCAUGUUUUGUUCUAAUUGUGAAACCUAUGAUCAUGAUACCUCUCAUUGUGUAUAUGCUUGUGAAGUUCAACCCCCUUCCCAUGAACAUGAUGAUAAUACAGAAAACGUCAAUGCUAUGAAUUUUGCUCCUAGAAUGGGAAAUGUAGGGAACUUGAGGCCAAACUCCAAUCAAAUGGGGAAUUGGAAUCAAGGUGGAAACCGUGGUUGGAACCAAGGUAGUGGUGGUUAUGAUAACCAAUACCAUGGUGGGGGAGUCCUUCCAAUUUCAAUGGAAGAGGCUACUCUAACCAAAGGGGGUAACAUGGGAAAUAAUCAACAAAGCAAUGUUCCUAACCAAGGCACGGGAGGCAAUAGGGGCCAAUUUAUUUCUAACUAUGCCCAAACUAAUAGGCCUCCGGGUUUCCAUCAACCCCAACUCCCUCCACCUCAACAACCUCUUCAACUUGAAGCCCCUCCAAUUGAUCCAGUGAUGGCUAAAUUAGAUGCUCUUUUGAAAAUGCAUGAGGAGGAUAAAAAGAAACAUGAAGAGGCCCAAAAACGCACCAAUGCUCAAAUGAAAAUGCUUGAGACCCAAAUUGCUCAACUUGCAUCUAAUUCAUCCCCUUCUUCUUCUUCUUCUUCUCACAUCCCAAGUCAAGGAGUUAACCCAAAACCUUUGUAUGCCAUGAUAACUAGGAGUGGGAAGGAAAAACAUGUUGAGGUGCCAAAGGAAAAAGAAGCCACCCCCUUGCCCCUAAAUUGCCAACCUAGAGAGGAGAAGCUACCCUUUCCACUACGAUUUGUGAGAGCUAAACUUGAUACCCAAUUUGGGAAGUUUUUGGAAGUCAUUAAGAAUUUGCAUAUUUCCGUCCCUUUUGUUGAUGCUAUGAAGCAAAUGCCCCACUAUUCCAAAUUUUUGAAAGACCUUUUGAGUGGGAGAAGGGAGUGUGAGACGGUGAUUUUGACCGCCAAUUGUAGUGCAAUUCUUUCCAACAAACUUCCUACCAAAUUGAAAGAUCCGGGUAACUUUUCCAUCCCUUGUUCUACCAAUGGCAUUGAAUUUGAUAAAGCCUUGUGUGAUUUAGGAGCAAGUGUGAGUCUCAUGCCCUAUUCCGUCUACCAAAAGCUUAGUGUAGGAACCCUCUCCCCCACUAACAUUACUCUCCAACUAGCUGACCGUUCCGUUAAGUUCCCCAUGGACAAAGUUGAGGACAUUCCCCUUAGGGUAGGAAAGUUCACAUUCCCCGUGGAUUUCUAUGUGCUAGAGAUGGAUGAGGAUGAGAGGAUUCCUAUAAUUUUGGGUAGACCAUCUCCAGCUACUUCUAGAGCUAUCAUCGAUGUGAAGGAGGGGAAGAUAUCCUUGAAGAUUGACAAUGAUUCUAUUGAGUUUGAUUUGAAUAAUGUCAUGCAACAACCCUCCUAA